CUGUUAUCUAUGUACUUGAAUCCAAACAAUGUUUGAUUGCGGUUACAAGUCGCAGUACAUCGGUGGUCAGAAGGAGAAAUUUGUGAGGUUGGAUGAGUUGGAUUCUACAUUGUCUAUGCCUUCUAAUACAGUUGGAAUGAAGCGAUCUAAAUUUCAUUUGGAGGGGCUAGCUCUUCCCGGCCGUGCAAAGAAAAAUACGUCGAAAUCUUUCAAGCACGGCAUGAAAAUGGGAUCAGAUGGACUGAGGACAUUUGGGCGAUCACUCAGGUUUGGCGUUAGCCGGGCAGUGUUCCAUGAAGAUCUUAAAAUAUCUGAGAAAAAGAUAUUUGACCCUCAAGAUAAAUCCCUCCUGUUAUGGAUUAGGCUUUUUGUCAUAUCUUGUAUUCUUUCGGUAUCUCUUGAUCCUCUGUUUUUCUAUCUUCCUAUCUUCAAUCAUGCAUCGUAUUGCCUUGGUAUGGACACAAAGUUAGCAGUCACAACUACGACUCUGCGGACAAUUCUUGAUGCUUUUUAUGUUAUUCGUAUGGCUCUUCAAUUUCGCACAGCUUAUAUUGCACCAUCCUCUCGGGUUUUUGGACGAGGUGAACUUGUGAUAGAUCCUGCAAAGAUAGCUAGGCGAUAUCUACGACGAUAUUUUAUUGUUGAUUUACUUUCUGUGCUGCCCCUACCACAGAUUGUGGUGUGGAGAUUUCUUCAGAAGUCAAAGGGUUCAGAAGUAUUGGCUACAAAACAGGCAUUGCUACGUAUUGUCUUAUUUCAGUAUAUUCCAAGAUUUGCCCGCUUUGUUCCUUUGAAUGCAGAACUCAAGAAGACUGCAGGUGUUUUUGCUGAAAGUGCUUUGGUUGGUGCUGCAUACUAUUUGCUUUGGUAUAUGCUUUCUAGCCAUAUAGCCGGGGCUUUCUGGUACUUAUUUGCUGUUGAGCGUAAUGACACUUGCUGGCGGAGAGCCUGUAAAGAUAGCGGGAAAUGUGACAUAAAUUACUUGUACUGCGGGAAUAAACAUAUGGGAGGCUACAGUGAGUGGCAAAAGAUCAGAGAGAGAGUUCUUGUUCAUCGGUGCUCUAUUGUUGAUGAUUUUUCAGCGUUUAAUUAUGGAAUUUACACGCAAGCUGUAGCAUCAGGCAUUGUUGCAUCCAGGGCUUUCUUCUCUAAAUGUUGCUACUGUUUGUGGUGGGGCCUGCAAAAUUUGAGCACGCUUGGUCAGGGCCUUCAAACGAGUACCUAUCCUGGAGAAGUUCUCUUUUCUAUAUUUAUAGCAAUUUCUGGGCUCCUACUCUUUGCACUUCUGAUUGGAAACAUGCAGACCUACCUCCAGUCUCUCACAGUUCGUGUUGAGGAGAUGAGGAUCAAAAGGCGUGACUCCGAGCAGUGGAUGCAUCACCGCUUGCUUCCACAGGAUCUAAGGGAGCGAGUUAGGCGAUAUGACCAGUACAAGUGGUUGGAAACACGGGGAGUAGAUGAAGAGAGCUUGGUCCAGAAUUUACCAAAAGAUCUCAGGAGGGAUAUCAAGCGGCAUCUUUGUUUGAAUUUAGUGAGAAGGGUUCCUUUGUUCGCCAAUAUGGACGAGCGGCUGCUUGAUGCCAUUUGUGAGCGACUAAAGCCAAGUUUAUACACACAGAGCACCUACAUAGUCCGAGAAGGAGACCCCGUGGACGAGAUGCUCUUUAUCAUCCGUGGUCGCCUGGAGAGUGUCACUACGGAUGGUGGGAGGAGUGGAUUUUUCAAUCGAGGUAUACUGAAAGAAGGGGACUUCUGUGGAGAAGAGCUCUUGACUUGGGCACUGGACCCUAAAGCUGGCUCCAACUUACCCACAUCUACUCGGACAGUGAAGGCUUUAACUGAAGUGGAAGCCUUUGCUUUGGAAUCAGAAGAGACGAAGUUUGUUGCCUCUCAGUUUAGGCGCCUUCAUAGCAGGCAAGUUCAGCACACCUUCCGUUUCUACUCACAGCAGUGGAGGACGUGGGCUGCCUGCUUCAUCCAGGCUGCCUGGCGCCGUUAUGCCAAGAGAAAAUCUGCUGAACGCCGCCGUCAAGAAGAGGCAGAAGAAGAAGACGAAGAAGAAGAAGAAGCAUGUUACAAUGAAGACAACGUUGAUGCAAGGGCAUUAGUAUCGCGAAGUGGUGGUAGCUCCAGGCUUGGUGCAACUAUCUUGGCUUCCCGCUUUGCAGCUAAUGCUCUUCGUGGUCAUAGGCUUCGCAACCCAAAUAGGGGGAACCUGGUGAAACUGCAGAAGCCACCGGAACCUGACUUCACUGGUUCUGAUGCAGAUAACUAGUGUGUUUUUUAUAAUAUUAGAUGUUAAAAAACCAAAGGGCUGAAUUCCUAGCUCAUUCUGUACACUGUAUAUUGCGUCCGGUAUCUCUGCUUCAAAAUGUGUUAUUAAUGAUUUUAUUUUUCCCUGCUAGGU